AUGGGUACUCCCAGCCUCGGUGCUGACGCACUCAUUGAUCAAGCUGAAUCCUUUAAGACAUUUCUUGGUCUCAGCCAGCCCGACCCAGGAGACAAGUUCUUCCUUGUUAUGGGUCUGACAGGAGCUGGCAAGAGUACAUUCGUCUCAAACUGUACAGGCCAUGCUGUGACUAUAGGCCAUGGGCUUUACUUAUUACACUAA